AUGGCUUUCAAGAACGCUCUCGCCGCCCUGGUUAUGGCUCUCCCCUUGGUUGCUGGUUUAAGGACCAAGCGAGCGCUGUGCCCAGAUGGUAUCCAUACUGCCACUAACGCAGCCUGCUGCAACCUCUUCCCGGUUGUCAAGGAUAUCACCGAAAACCUCUUUGAGAACGAGUGUGGUGAUGGCGCACAUGGUGCUUUGCGUCUUGUCUUCCACGACGCCAUUGGCAUCUCCCCCACUCUUGGUGGUGGAGGCGCUGACGGAUCGAUCGCUGUCUUCAAUGAGACCGAAUUGACCUUCCAUGCCAACACUGGUAUCGACGACGUCCUCGACGCCCUUGGCCCAUUCCUCAUCAAGCACUCCGACAAGGUCACCCCCGGAGACUUUAUCCAGCUCGCGGGUGCAGUCAGUCUCGUCCAGUGCAACGGUGCACCCCGCAUCCCAUUCCUUCUCGGUCGUGCACCACCCAAGGCUGCAUCCCCACCCGACCUUGUCCCAGAGCCCUUCGACAGCAUCCCCAAGAUCCUCCAACGCUUCAAGGAGGUCGGCUUCUCUCCAGCUGAGGUUGUCGCUGUUGUCGGUGGCUCGCACAGUGUUGCUGGUGCUGAUGACAUUGUACCGAACUUGGAGGGUGUUCCUUUCGAUCAGACCCCUGAUGUUUUCGAUACUCAAAUUUUCGUCGAUGUUCAGCUUCGCGGAACAAUGUUCCCUGGAAAUGGAACCACAGAGGGUGAAGUUGAAACCGCUGUGCCGGGAACCGUUCGUCUCCAAUCCGACCACUUGCUCGCUCGUGACCCUGCUACUAACUGUGAAUGGCAAUCCUUCGUCAACAACCAAGCCAAGAUGGCAAAGGCAUUCGGUGAUGCCGUCUUCAAGCUUUCCCUUUUGGGCCAGGACCCACGCAAGAUGAUCGACUGCUCUGAGGUUAUCCCCAAGGCUAUUCCAUUCACUGGAGGCCCUGCUACUUUCCCCCCUGGCAAGACCAUCAAGGAUAUCGAGCAAGCUGUGAGUGUCCCUUUUGAGAAAUAUCAUGGUAGGAGGGAAGCGCUGAUUGUUGAAUAUUGA